AAAGCAGCUGUCAGCGCGCAAAGAGCCAGCGCGCCUUGGAGAGGAGCAGGAGCGCGCCGGAGCAAGGCGGGAGCCGUCCGUGGACCCGAGGCUGAUUUGCAAGAGGUGGCGGCCAUGCAGCGGGCGGACUGGGACGAGCAGAGCGAGCUGCGGGAGCUCAACUCCCGCCUGUGGCUCUAUGUGUCGCGGGUGCGGGCGCUGGAGGAGGAGAACCGGCGCCUGGCGCAGGAGCUGGGCGCGCUCCGCGGGCGGGAGCGGCAGGUUUGCCGCCUGCAGGAGCACGAGGAAGAGGUGGCCGAGCUGCGCCUGCUGGUGAGCGAGCUGAGCCGGGCCAAAGGCGAGGCCGAGCUGGAUCGCGACGCCCUGCGCCAAGAGCUGGCCACCUUGGAGAGGUUGGGCGCGCAGUCGGUGGAGCUGCGACGGCGCCGCUUGGAGCCCGAGCUGGCCGAGCUGCGGCAGCAACUGGAGCGCUUGCGGGCCGACUGCGCCGCCCUGGAGGCGCUGCUGGAGCGCCUGCGGGCCGAGCACAGGCGGCUGCAGGAGGAGCGGCGGCGGCGGCGUCCCGAGCGCCUGCCGGCCCUGCUGCCUCCGCCGCCGGCCAGGACUUCAACGCGCGUCGUCAGCCGACGGGAGCUGGAGGACAAUUACGCGCUGGUGCUGAGCUGGAGCUGCGAGCAGAGCCUGGAGCGCUACGAGGCCGAGCUGCAGGCGCUGCAGGAGCUGGAAGGGCGCCUCGGCAGGGAGAACCUGCAAAAGCUGCGCGCCCACAACGAGCAGAGCCGACGGCAGCUCGAGGAGCUUUAUUGCCGCUGCCAGGAGCUGGGCGCGCUGGCGGAGCGCUUGGAGCAGGAGCGGCUGGCGCAGCAAGAGCGCCAGGGCGCCGAACUGGCCGAGUAUCAGGUGAUCAUUGAAGCCCUGGAAGAAGAAAAGCAAUUCCUAACCAUGUCUAUCGCAGAAUACCUAAAAGACUACCAUGAACUCUUGCAGGUGAAAGCUGGUCUCAGCCUUGAAAUUGAAACUUACAGAGCUUUACUAGAAGGAGAGAGCAGUCAAUGGAUUCUUAUGUGGGAUGAAGAGCAUGGCAGGAAAUUACCACAAGGUGUCCGGAACAAGCUUUAUGAGUACAGCAACCGCCACUCAGCUUAUCAACAGGCGAAAGGAGGGAGAACUUUCCCUGCAAUCCAAAAUGUUGACACAAGAUAUAAAUCCCCUGUAACAAAUAUUAGCAGCUCUGCAGUUUAUUCAUCUCAAACAAAAACUGGUGGAAUGCAGACAGUGACUCCUGGGAGAUCAUUAAGAAGAGAUGCCUACAGGACAGAACACCGCCCUUCUGCAGCCGUCACAAAGGAUACAACUCGCAAGAGAACUAUGACAGAACAGAGAGAGAUCCGAACAUUUACCCCACCUUAUCUUAUUAGCCAGGGGAAAGAAGCUCAACGAAGAACGUUUCCUGAAAGACAGAAAACUGAAGCUGGGAGUACUGUGUCUUUUUUGAAAGAAUCAACAACUAUUCAGAAAGGCACAAGUCCAAAUAUUUCUGAAAAUGCAAGAGCGAAAGUGGGUAUUCCUACUAUGUUUCCAUCUUCUGGGCUAAGUUCCAGUUCUAAAGAAACUAAAUAUGAGAGAACCAUAGAAGGAACUCAAACUAGAGUGAGUGAACAGAUCAAAGACAGCAAGCCAGCUAAAGAGGAAAAACCUGCUUUGCUGGAGGGAAGAGAGAGAAACGAAAAAUGGGCCAAGGAAAAGAUAGACUCUGCCACUGUGAAGACCGACAAGAAAUCCAUCAAUGUUAGCUUUGAAAAUAAGACUGAAAUUAAGCAAGGCAUCGAUGAAGAAAAGCAGACCGUGGAAGGAUCUACCAUGAAGGAUAACAUGAGGGGAAGUGGGCUUUUGGGAGAUAAAGCACCCAAGCUCGGAAGCUAUGUAAGAUGGGAAGAAAGGAUUAGAGUGGAUACACCAGGGAAGAAUCUUCCAACAGAUACAAGGAUGGAAGAAAGCCAUACAUUUCAAAGGGAGAAAAAUGUGAGCAUGGCAACACAAAGUAAAGAAGAUGCUGAGAUCCCUAUCCCGACAGAAGUGUAUACUCACACUCAAGUAUUGAAAGACAAUAGCGUAGAAAGAACAUUACAAGACUUGAAGCCUUCUAUUGGAAAACAGAAGGAUGACACCACAUUUACACUUGUCAGAGAAUCCAACCAAGAUGAAAAAGGGAGCUCCAAAAUAGACACCUUACUUCAAGAAAGUAUAGCAGAAACCAUUGUUUCUGACAUUCUUAAAGGGUUCGUGCAGAAACCUUCUGGUGGUGGAGAUCCCUCCGAUUUCAAAGUCAUCUCCAUUGAAAAGAAAGACAUUUCAGAGAAUGGAAAAGUGAAGACUGAGAUCAAUAUACAGUCUACAGUUCAAGAUGAAUUGCACAUUUCUGAUGAGUUUCACCUGGGAACUUCCUUAGAGAAAGAUGUUAAAAAGGUUCUGGGAGACAUUAAGGGAAUUCCAGAUGAAGGUGUAAUAGAAGAUCUUGUGAAAGGAAAGGGGGGCAAAGGCAAGAGGACUGUUAAAGUUGAGAUAGUUGAGGAGCCAAUGGAAUCUACAGCUGAAAUGGAGUUUUCAACACCGUUUGAAGUAGAGGAAGUAGAAGAUACAUUGCCCGAUAUGGCUAGGCAUCUAUACCAUGGGGAUGAAGAAAGAGCUACCACAAGUACUAUUAAGGAUGUUAGGCAGAAGCAACCUAGUGUGAUCGUGUCUCAUGUGGAAGAAGUUUCUGAGGGGGAUGAUGUAGUUGAUGAAGAAAAGUAUUUUGUGUCUACUCCAGAGGAGCGCCCCUUGGGUGAAGAAGAAGCCUCCUUAUAUGGUCAAAUCCACAUCGAAGAAGAAUCAACAGUUAAGUAUUCCUGGCAAGAUCAAUUCUUGCAGGGAUCUCAAACAAAGAUAAAUGAAGGUAUGGGCUCCCCAGAACUGAUUUACCAAGUGAUGGGGGGAGGGACAGCUGCCUACAUUUCAAAGGAGGAAGUUCCAAAGGAGCAGGUGACACAUGCCGAAUCCAUUGUUAUUGAGAAAGAGAUUAAAAUCCCACAAAAAUUUCAGGAGUCCAUAAAGGGUCUCUUUUCUCAGGAGUCAAAGGACCCAAAGCUUCAGUUGAAGGAGGCACUAGAAAAGCUUGAUCACACCCUUCCAGAAAGUGUGAAACAGGAGCUCUCUGCAUUAACGAAAGAGGGCCAAGCUGAUGCUAGCACUCUAGAAGUGGAUAUUAAAAAAAUGGAGGACACAAAAAAGGAGGGGUUGGUUACUAUAGUCGCAGAAGUCAAUUUGUCCCAGGUGCUCAACCCUGACCAGUUAAAUGCAGAACUUUUUGGCGAGAUGAAGUUGCCAACACAGUUACCAAGUGAUGAUGAUUUUGAUGACCGCCGGAAGCAAGUGUCAGAAAGCUACAGUGGUGGUAGAAAGAAUGUUGGCAUAGAUGUUUCUUCCACACCUUGGACUAUAGAAGAGGUUUCUAGCUCUAGCAAACUAAGCAGCAGUGAUGCCAGGGAAUAUCAUACGAAUGAGCAAGUUAUCCACCAGGUCCCAGUUUUCAAAAGUAUGGAAAUUAAUAGAGGAGAAUAUUCUUCACAAGGGUCAUUUGACGUUAACAGACGUUUUCAGCAAAUUGUAGUUGGUCCAACAGAAAUUCACAGAACUGAGCAGGUUUUAUAUGAAGGCCCUAUUUCUGAACCUCUGGAAUUUGGUUCAAGUGGCUUUCAGACUGGAGCAUCUGCAGAUUUCAGUCAGUCCACAGAGGAAUUCAAUCUUGGCCCUACAGAAAUUCAGACCACAGAAAAAAUAAUUUAUAGAGGGCCUGUUCAUAAAACCAUGGAAAUGAGUGGCCCUGAAAGUCCUACUCAAGCGCAGUUUUCUACCGAAAUUAGGUCCUCUAAGCACGUUACUUUGGGUUCAAAUCAAAUUAUUGAAGAAACUGUUUUUGAGGGGCCAGCUUCAGACUUAUCACCAAACAGCAGCAUUGAGGCUGUUUCUCAGAUAAAAGGGCCAGUAGAAAGCAGCAGUUUGAUAAGGCACAUUCGGAUAGAUCCCAAACAAGUACACACUGAACAAGUUGUAUAUGAAGAGCCCCUUUCAGGAUUUGUGGAGCUUAGUAGCACUGGAGGCCAUAAUGUGACUGAACAGACUGUGAGACAUAUUCGUCUAGGGCAAAAAGACACCCAUAUAUCUGACCAAACUAUAUAUGACGAAUCUCUCCUCAAAGCAACUGAAUUUGGUGGUUCUCCAGACAAACAUUUCAAGGAGGGGAUGGUAGAUACCAAUACCACUGUUCGGCACAUCAAAUUAAGUCCAAAACCAUUUGUAACAACUGAGGAAAUUGUUUUUAAGGUGCCCACUUCUGAACAGCACCUAGAGUUUGGUGAAAUGGGAAAGACAUUUUCUUCUGAAGGGUUAGUAACACACAUUAAAUUAGGGCAGAAGGAAGUUCUGAGCAGUGAGCGUGUUGUUUACCAAGGUUCUCUUUCAGAAUCUUCAGGGAUCAGUUCUCCUGGGGAAGACAUUUGGGAAGAAGGAGGUUCCAUGGAGGUCAGUAGAUCAAUGAGGCACAUCAGACUCAGCCCUGCUGAAACUCAUGCUGAACAGAUUAUAUUUCAUGGCCCUGUUUCUGAAACAGUGAGGGUCGGUACUGCAGAACUAUCCCCAACAGAUGGGCCCUCAGAAAGCAGCAAAUCUGUUGGGCAUAUAAAGAUAGGACCCAAGGAAAAGUCUUUUACCUUUCAGAUGGAUGUAACCAAUGUGGAAGGGGGAAGGCAAGAUGCUACCAUUCUCGUACCGAACAGGAAAAAAACAGCUUCCUCUCAGCUGGAGGGCACAAUGAAGGAUGACCAGAAGGACACAGAUCGUGAACAAAUAUUAGAGGAGUCAACAUUUGAUCAGACUGUUCAACUUCAAAGGAUGGUAGACCAAAGAUCGGUGAUUUCUGAUGAGAAGAAAACAGCUGUUCUUUAUCUGAAUGAGAAGGAGGAGGAGGAAGAAGAAGAUGAUGGACCUUGGUUCUGAGAAUAAUAUUGUCAACAUUUUAAAAAAAAAUCUAGGAGCUUGAUUGCCAUUUAUAUAUAGCAGGCUUUAAAAGGGGGAGACUCCCCUUAACUUAGCCAUUAACAAUGAAGUUAUACAAGAGUAUUUUUUUAAGCAGGAUCUUUUGAAUACACAUGUGUUCUAGGUCUCUUUUUGCUAAUGCCAUUGGGUCUGAAAAGUUGUCCUGAGUCUGAGAGUAUUUGACUCUACAGGAAAACCAUCAACCUCAUUUAAGUCUAGAAAGCUGUGAUACUAUAGCAGCUUUAAAAAGUAUUCAAGAGCAAUCCAGUUUAAAUCACCUGGGACUUGUCUGGAGAAAAUGUCUUUAUGGCAUAUGCAGACAAGUUUCACUUACUUUUGGAACCACUUAUUAAAACUGAAAGUUGCACAAAACCAGUUGGAAAAAUACAUAGCAAAAAUAAAUGAAUAGUAUUGCCAGGCAAUCCAGUUAAUCGCUGAUCUGUCAAAUGUACCUUUCAGUAGGUGACCAAGUAGGAAGAUGGGAAGCUGCCUUAUAUUAACGUCAGACCAUUGGUCUAUCUAGCUCAGUGUUGCAUGCACAGGCAGGCAGCAGCUCUCCAGGUUACAGACAAGAGUCUUUCCAGCUGUAUCUGAAGAAUGCUGGGGAUUGAACCUGAGACUUUUUACACGUGCUAUUCCACUGAGUUCUGGUCCUUCUCCCAAAUGGAUGCAAAAGAAGACGAAUGAAAAUGUGUUGAAUUCAUAUACAGUACCUUAUUUUAGUUCUCUCUUACACACACACACACAUACACAUACACAGACUACAACCACCACCACUAAAACGGUGGGCAUAUUUUACUAGCAAUGCAAGUUUUAUUAGGAUUAAGGCUCUCACUUUUAAGCAUUUUCACAGAAAUGGAGUUAAAAUGCAGGGGGAGAAUCUUUACCUCUUGACUUUUUUCAGGCUGCUCUUAAAUUCACAGGAACAGGACCAAUGAAAAGUGGCCACCCUGUUUAAAGUGAGUCCCUGCACAACUCCUGUUUGCUGAAAUGGGGCUGUGAUGUUGCAAAGUUUAGCACACUCACCAUUAGCUUGUGCUAAAACGCCUUGUAUCCAGUUGCUAUAAGCUAUGUCAUAAUGAUAAGGGUGCUAGAAUACU